AGAAACAACCGCUCUGACUUCCCCGGCGGGUGGGCAGCUGGCAAGCCUCGCCUUCGUGCACGCCACCGGCGAAUCUACCAUCGCGGGUGUAAUUACCAAAACGCCCCCAGUUAAACAAUGCGAAGCCUCUUACAAUAUAAAGCAUUUGUUAUUCCUCCUCAGUCCCAGUCACCAUUUUUUAUUUCUCCCCCAGGUCGAAGACUCAUCAUUACACCCAAAAAGCGCAGUGGUAGCUCAACUCUACAGAGGGGACUGAGCAGACGAAGUAGGGCCAUGACUUGUUCCUCGAUUGUAUCUUCCGGCGACGACAACGGAGCUCUGCGCAAUUUCAGACUCAACGAGUCCACUUUCCUCGCUUCUCAAAUGCCUAAGAAGGAAAUCGCCGCCGAUCGCUUCAUCGAAGCUCACCCUCACUACGACGGCCGCGGCGCCAUCAUCGCGAUUUUCGAUUCUGGAGUUGAUCCAGCUGCAGCUGGUUUACAGGUGACAUCGGAUGGGAAACCAAAAGUUCUGGAUGUGUUAGAUUGUACUGGUAGUGGAGAUGUUGAUACAUCUACUGUAGUGAAGGCUGAUGCUGAUGGUUGUAUUCAGGGAGCAUCUGGAGCUUCUUUGAUUGUAAAUUCUGCCUGGAAUAAUCCAUCCGGUGAAUGGCAUGUGGGUUGCAAAUUGGUAUUUGAGCUGUUCACUGAUGAUCUUACUUCUCGUGUGAAGAAAGAAAGAAAGAAAAAGUGGGAUGAGAAAAAUCAGGAAGCAAUCACUGAGGCUGUAAAGCAACUUGAUGAGUUUGAUAAGAAACAUGCAAAAUGUGAAGAUGCCAAUUUGAAAAGGGUUCGUGAGGACCUCCAGAACAAAGUUGAUCUUCUGCGCAAGCAAACUGAUAGCUAUGAUGACAAGGGGCCUGUUAUUGAUGCUGUUGUAUGGCAUGAUGGAGAAGUAUGGAGGGCUGCUCUUGACACACAGAGUCUUCAGGAUGAACCUGAAUGUGGAAAGCUUGCCGACUUCCUUCCUCUAACAAAUUAUAGAAUUGAACGGAAGCAUGGAGUAUUUAGCAAAUUGGAUGCUUGUACUUUUGUUUUAAACGUGUACAAUGAAGGCAAUAUUCUCAGUAUCGUUACGGAUAGUUCUCCACAUGCCACUCAUGUUGCUGGUAUUGCUGCAGCUUACCAUCCAAAGGAACCUUUGCUAAAUGGAAUUGCACCUGGAGCACAGUUGAUAUCAUGUAAAAUUGGUGAUUCUCGCUUAGGUUCAAUGGAAACUGGAACAGGAUUGACUCGGGCUUUGAUUGCAGCUGUGGAGCAUAAGUGUGAUCUCAUCAACAUGAGUUAUGGGGAAGCCACAUUACUCCCAGAUUAUGGUCGCUUUGUUGAUCUUGUUGAUGAGGUGGUCAACAAGCACCGUAUAAUAUUUGUAAGCAGUGCGGGCAACAAUGGGCCAGCGUUGACUACUGUCGGUGCACCUGGUGGUACUACAUCAAGCAUUAUUGGAAUUGGUGCAUAUGUAUCUCCUGCUAUGGCUGCUGCAACUCACUUGUUGGUUGAGCCACCUUCUGAAGGACUUGAGUACACGUGGUCUAGUCGGGGACCAACUGCUGAUGGAGAUGUUGGUGUCUCUAUAAGUGCUGCUGGGGGAGCUGUGGCUCCUGUUCCCACAUGGACUCUUCAACGACGCAUGUUGAUGAAUGGAACAUCCAUGUCCUCUCCUUCUGCUUGUGGUGGAGUUGCUUUACUUAUAAGUGCUAUGAAGGCUGAAGGAAUUCCUGUAAGCCCGUACACUGUGCGGAAGGCUCUAGAAAAUACAGCUAGUCCUGUGGGGACGCUGCCAGAAGAUAAAUUAACAGCUGGAGAAGGGCUUAUGCAAGUUGACAAGGCUUAUGAAUAUGUUCAGAAGUCACAACACUUCCCUUGUGUCCGGUAUCAAGUCAAGAUCAAUCAGGCUGGAAAAUCAAGUAAACCUACCCCUACAUCACGAGGUAUUUACCUCAGGGAGAUUAAUUCUUGUAACCAAUCAACAGAGUGGACAGUUGAAGUUCAACCGAAGUUUCAUGAAGAUGCAAGUAAUUUAGAGGAACUGGUUCCUUUUGAAGAGUGUAUUCAGUUGCAUUCCACCGGACACACAGUCGUUAGAUCUCCAGAGUACCUCCUCCUCACCCAUAAUGGGCGUAGCUUCAAUGUUGUUGUUGACCCUACCAGUCUUGGUGAUGGUUUGCAUUAUUAUGAAGUAUAUGGGGUGGACUGCAAGGCCCCAUGGCGUGGUCCUCUUUUCAGAAUUCCAGUUACUAUAACAAAGCCAAAAGCUGUGAAAAAUCGUCCCCCUUUAAUUUCAUUUCAGGGGAUGUCAUUUUUGCCAGGUCAUGUUGAACGGAGGUUUAUUGAGGUACCAGUUGGUGCUACUUGGGUUGAAGCCACCAUGAGAGCAUCAGGUUUUGAUACAGCUAGAAGAUUCUUCAUCGACACCGUUCAGCUCUCUCCUUUGCAAAGGCCAAGCAAAUGGGAAAGUGUGGCUACAUUUUCUUCACCUUCUGCUAAAAGCUUUGCCUUCCCAGUGGAGGGUGGUCGCACAAUGGAACUAGCAGUAGCUCAGUUUUGGUCUAGUGGAAUAGGAAGUCAUGAGACCACCAUUGUUGAUUUUGAGAUUGGAUUUCAUGGUAUCGACACUAACAAAGAGGAAGUGGUUCUUGAUGGAAGUGAAGCGCCUACAAGAAUUGAUGCUGAAGCUCCUCUAUCAACUGAGACCCUUGCCCCUACUGCAGUGCUUAACAAGGUUCGAACUCCAUAUCGUCCAAUUGAUGCUAAAGUUCAUGCCCUCUCAGCAGACAGGGACAAAUUACCCUCGGGGAAGCAGAUACUUGCAUUAAUACUAACUUACAAAUUCAAACUGGAAGAUAGUGCCGAAGUCAAGCCUCAGAUUCCAUUACUUAACAAUCGCAUUUAUGAUAAUAAAUUUGAGUCUCAGUUUUAUAUGAUAUCAGAUUCUAACAAGCGUGUGUAUGCAAUGGGUGAUGUUUAUCCGAGUUCUUCAAAACUUCCCAAGGGUGAAUACAGUUUGCAGCUUUAUUUGAGGCAUGAUAAUGUGCAGUACUUAGAGAAAAUGAAACAGUUGGUGUUGUUCAUAGAAAGAACCUUGGAGGACAAGGAUAGUAUUCGACUUAGCUUUUAUGCUCAACCUGAUGGUCCAGUGACGGGUGGCAGUAACUUCUCAUCUUCUGUUCUGAUUCCUGGGGUGAAGGAAGCGUUUUAUUUGGGUCCUCCUUCAAAGGACAAGCUCCCAAAGAACUGCUCUGAAGGAUCGGUAUUGCUAGGGACAGUGUCCUAUGGAAAGCUUAACGAGGGGAAAGAUUCACAAAAGAACCCUGCAUCGUAUCAAAUAUCAUAUAUGGUGCCUCCAACCAAGCUUAAUGAUGACAAGGAGAAAAGUUCCUUAACUAGCACCCAGACCAUAUCUGAAAAGUUAGAUGCAGAGGUCCGUGAUGCUAAAAUAAAGGUUCUUGCUGGCUUAAGCCAAGGCACUGACGAGGAACGCUCAGAAUGGAGAAAGUUAUCAAUCUCACUUAAGUCGGAAUACCCAAAAUACACCCCUUUGCUUGCUAAAAUAUUGGAAGGUCUUCUUUCACAAAAAAAUGUUGAAGACAAGAUCCAACACUAUGAAGAGGUUACUGAUGCAGCAGAUGAGGUUGUUGAAAGCAUUGAUAGAGAUGAGUUAGCCAAAUAUUUUUCCCUCAAAUGUGAUGCGGAAGAUGAUGCUGCAGAAAAAAUGAAGAAGAAAAUGGAAACAACUCGCGAUCAGUUGGUAGAAGCACUCUACCAGAAAGGAUUGGCUUUGGCAGAGAUUGAAUCAUUGAAGGCAGAUACCCAACCUGUAACAGUGUCUGAUGUUGAGUCAGACUUGUUUGAAAAGAACUUCAAAGAACUAAAGAAGUGGGUAGAUGUCAACUCAUCUAGAUAUGGAAAACUUUCUGUUUUGCGUGAGAGACGUCUUGGAAGACUAGGAACUGCAUUGAAGGUUUUAAUUGACAUGAUUCAAGAAGACGGCGACCCUCCUAAGAGGAAGCUUUAUGAACUAAAGUUCUCACUGCUUGAGCAAAUGGGUUGGGGCCAUCUGGUGGCAUAUGAGAAAGAAUGGAUGCUCGUCCGUUUCCCAUCAAGCCUACCCCUUUUUUAGGGUUCUUAUUAGUCACAUAAUAAGCCCAUAUACUGUUGUGCUUGAAUUACUAGUUUACCUUUGUCAAAAAAAAAAAAAAAAAAAACCUCAGUGUCAUUACUUUUGUAUUUAAGUUUCUAAAAUUUACUUCUUGAAAUAUAUUUCUAUAUUACUCUCUAAGGUUUUAAAUUAUGUCUUAGAAUAGUCUUUGCCAUUAA